AUGGGAACUUUCACAUUCAAAUGGCCGCACGCUGCCGAAGAGGUCUACGUGACCGGCACCUUCGACAACUGGUCCAAGAGCGAGAAGAUGAGCAAGGUCGGCGACCACUUUGAAAAGACGGUUACUCUGCCCGAUGCCUCGGAAAAGAUCUUCUACAAGGUGCGAUUGAUGCGGCGGAGCUCCCGGUUCGUCGUGGACGGCAACUGGACUACAGACCACACCGGUCCCCAAGAGAAAGAUCACGAGGGCAACGACAAUAACAUUCUUUUACCCGAACAAAUAAUCAAGGACCCUACACCCGCCCAGGUCAUCAUGAGCAGCGCCGCCCCAGAGUCCACGACCGCUGAGCUGGCGAAGGACGUGCCCCUCGAGAACACAAAGCCAGAGGGCCUGCCCGGCACCUUCCCCGAGACGCCCGCUAACGAGCUCGACAAGACCAUCGGCAUCAACCCUCUCCCUGCUGCCGACGGCGCCGUCAACCCCAUCAAGCUUGCUCCCGGCGAGCCUAUUCCUCCCAGCCUGGCUGGUAACAACAUCAAUUCUCACGUUAAGUUGGACGCCGAGUCAUACGAGAAGAGUGAUACCCUGCCCGGUGUUGAUACCACCCUGCCGCCCGUUUCUGGCAAUAUGAUCCCCGAGUCCAGCUUGCCAAUCGCAAGUGGCGCCGAUGUCACCAUCAACAGCGCCGCUCCUAACUCAACGACCGCCGCCCUCGCUGCUGAGGUGCCUUUAGAGCCCAAGGUUCCUGAGGUUGUCAAGGAGAGCCAGGAUAAGGCUGGCGUUGACCCUGAGGCCAGUGGCAUCAGCUCGGAGGUCGUGGAGAAGGAGAAGGUUGAGGAGGAGCUCCUAAAGAAGGUCCCUGAGGUUCCGUCGACAUCUGAGGGCACUUCCGGCAAGGGAACCGAGAAGUCCGAGGGCGACAAGACGCUGCUUGAGACCGCAACUGCCACUGCCGCCGGCCUCAGUGCCGCUGCUGUUGCCACAGCGGUCGCUGCUAAGAACACCGUCGUUGAGCAAGCCGGUGUGGCCUCAACCGCCGCCACAGAUGCUGCUGCAAAGCUUCCCGAGCCCGUCAAGGCUCAGCUGCCUACCUCUGUUCAGGAGACGAUCACUCCCGCGGCCAAGGAGCAGAAGCUGGAGGAGGUCUCCCCCGAGGUCCCCACCGAGGUGAAGGAGUCGAUUGCCGAGGCUGGCAAGGAGCCAGAGGCGGCCGCUAACACGGCAGCCGUCGAGGACAAGAAGGAGGUGGAGGCCCAGCUCCUCAAGGAGGUCAAACCCGUCGAGGCUGUCGGCGAGUCUUCCGCGGAACCCAACGGCACCGAGGCCGCCGCCGCCCCGAAGGAGCCCGAGACGCCCGUCAAGGCCACGGAGCCCGCACCGACCGCAAGCAGCAGCAAGCCGGCCGACAGCCCUGCCACCACCGAGAAGAAGAAGAAGAAUCGCAUCAGCGCCUUCUUCGGCAAGCUCAAGUCCAAGAGUGGCGACAAGAAAUAG